AUGCUAAUUGAUCUGGAUCUUGCCAAAGAAGUUGAAAGUGAGCAAAGCAGUGCACACUAUCAGACUGACACAAAGAAGUUCAUGGCAAUUGAAGUGCUUCUUAAUGUUGACCAUACCUACCGGCAUGAUCUUGAGUCUUUCUUCUAUGUGCUUAUCUGGCAGUGUGCCCAUCGCAGCUGGGAAAAACUAGAUAAGUUACAGAGACAGAGAUAG